GGAUAGGUUUAUGUCAACGCUACUCUCUAUCGUUAAGAUGAAAUAAAAGCACGCGAAGCAAAUCGAAAAAAUGACAAUUCUAUUAUAGCCACAGUGAUAUACUCUUCAAUUUGCCGUCUAAAAGCGGUUUUUCGACGCGGAGCUAAGGGGACGAGGAACACCUGAAGGCGACAUACGGCUCUCAGCCGGUGUUUUCACAUUUUUACGCCCCUCGGCUCUUUUACGGUGCUUUCAAUGAUUCACAGAAGGCAAACGUAGCGCACAGUGAGGUGGCGUUAAGCCUGGCUUCACAUACGAGCAUCAGCAUCGAGAGGCUGAACACUGGUCACAUGAGGCUGCGCGGAGCUGAGCCUAAUGUGCGUGUGUUGAAAACAGGGGUGCCAUGACUCUGACCAGGGGAUCUUUCACCUAUGCCAGUGGAGAAGAGUACCACGGCGAGUGGAAAGAAGGUCGGAGGCACGGUGUCGGCCAGCUCAAGUUUCAGGAUGGAACCUGCUACUCCGGCCAGUUCGAGAAUGGACUCUUCCACGGCUCUGGUGUUCUUCUCUUUAUAGACGGAUCCAGAUACGAAGGAGAGUUCGCACAUGGGAAGUUUCAAGGUGCGGGGGUGUUUAGUCGAUAUGAUGGCAUGAAGUUUGAAGGAGAAUUCAAAGAUGGGCGCGUAGAGGGCCGCGGGUUAUUGACUUUUCCGGACGGCUCUCACGGCGUCCCUCGAAACGAGGGCUUUUUUCAAAACCACAAGCUGCAGAAGAGAGAGAGGUGUCCGGGCGUGGUGCAGCACGCGCAGGCGUCCGCCGCCAACGCCCGCUGUCUGGUGCUCUGACCGCCGCCCCGUCUGGAGGAGACACAGCCAGGCCUCCACCACCUCCCAGGGGGCCUCGGGGCCGUGGACCCCCCUCCAGCUCUUCUCUGUGUUUGCUCUGUUUUUGACCACACCUUACCUUUGUCUUUGUCCGCAUAUUCAAUACCCCCCCCCCCCCCCCCCCCCCCCACCACACACACACACACACGCACACCCACACACACACACACACAAACUAAGAAAGCAAAUGCAAUUAGGCCAAACAAUGAUCGUUGAUUUAAAAUGCACAACACAAGAAGCACAUCUCUAACUCUCUCAAGUCACACAAACAGUAAAUGUGGCUGUUUAUAAUUGUUUUGGUUCUUAUACUCAAGAAUUGAAUAGAGUUAGUGUUCACAUAUACAUGUGUAAUUCAUAUUUAGUAGGAGUAGUUACUACUAAUUAGAUGAAAUCACCCUAAAAUUGUCCAAUAUGUCCCAAAAGUAAUAAGGAAAAGACCAUUUGCUGUUUUUGAACACACAGGCAUGGCAACGCACAUGCAUGCGUGCAGUGGGGGACAUAACACAUUUAUGUUGAUGCUUUUACUGUCACGAACACAAUAGCUAACAGGUUAGACGCAAGAUUCACAACGAGGCUGCAAAUCCUAUAUUCAGGAAAACAAGAAAAUGUAAAGCGCUGCACGAAGCAGGAGCUGACAAUUAAUUCACAGUGAGAUGACAGAGAUCUGAACUACUAAGGGACAAAGUCACUGCAGAGCAGGAACCAACAGAUCAAGCUAUCAAUACACUGACUAACAGACGAGCCAGAGGGUGGGGAAAUGGGGCCAGCAUGUAAAACAAGAGGAUCAGGGAUGAGUAUAAAUGUACACAUCAUCCUGGCAUAAAAGAACAGGAAACGGAACCACAGAACAUCAGCACACAAUAAAUCCACCAAGUCCAAGGAGAAACCUGCUUUUUCCUGCUUAGGGAUAGUGUUGUUAACUUCAUAGGAAGCAAUGGCUCCACAACUCUAGUUAGGAAUUUAGAUUUUAAUUGCAUUCAGACAGUUGUGAAGCAGGAUAUGCUUUUGAUAUGAUUGUCAGGUCUGAAAAAUGCUCACAAGUAAAUGUUGAUUUAUAGUAAUUAGAAUUUUAAAUAUGUUUAUGUACAAAAAUCUCUAACAUCUGAAGUAACAGUGCUGCUGCAAACCUUAAUUUAAGGAAUGCAUUUUACUGUUGUGCUGUUCAGUGGUUACAUUUGCCUUAAAGACAUUUUAGUACAAGAGUGUACUUCAAGGGCGUCCAUCUAAAAAGCAGAUGACAUACUGUACUCUGCCCUCUGCGUCCCCCACUCCAGCAUCAUUUGCCCGAUAGUGUCUGUCAGCCUAAUGAGUUUGAGCUCUGACUGACGACUGCCUUCACGCGGACAGACACGUUGCUAAUCUGGUGCUGAGUUUCACGCCAAGUCACUUUAACAACCCUCCCACUGAGUGCAGUCAUUGGAGAGGAGGAUGAACACCUACCUGAAUAAUUGCCCCUGAAAGACUGGACACCCUCCGCGUUUGUAAGGAACGAGAAUCACAGUGAAAUGCAUUUAAUUAGGGGUGUAUAGCAUCUCGUACUCGAGGCAGCUGAAUGGAAGACACUUGUAGAAGCGUUGUUCAAGUGCUUGUGAUGUGAACGUUUGUUAUUUUCUGCAAGAUGUUUAUUGUUAAUGAUUGUACUUGUUCAGACCUUUUGAAAUGAAUUAAGACAUAAUCAUUUCAUUUGUCAUGCAUAAAAUGGGUUCAGAUACACAUCUAAGACUAUGAUUGAGGGAGGAUAAUUUCAUUUACCUUUACAGCCGAUCACAGCUGAUCUGUGAUUACAUAUUAAUUCAGUACUUGAAGAAGUAAUAGGCCUUACUAGUCCCGUGUAGACUCAGCUUGUCUAGGGUUGUCUACAUAAAACCAAAGACAAUCGAAGGAUAUAAUAGGCAUAGGCCUAUAAUAUGUGUCAUUUCUUACAAAUGACAAAGACAAAUCAAUAAGGACCCAUUUGCCUUGGGUGCACGUGCUCCAGAGGAACAAUGGAAUUGAUAAUUAAUCAGAGGAGAAAUGACAUUCUGUUGUAAUUUGUUGUUGUGCCUGUGCUGUUUUUUACGGGGCCCCUUCCUGCAGCGGCACAGACGCAGACCCGUCCCCAUCUCCAAACACACAGUGACCCGUUAACAUUACGUGUAAUACUGUAUGCUGCAUUUCAAACCAUGUCAUAGGAUUUUCCCUUUCCACCACGUUGGACGUGAUGCCUGCUCAAAGCCGCCUUUGCCUAAACACAGUCCUGCCUGUGUGGAACUAAACGCGUUAGAACACCACAUCUAUUUCCAACUUGAAACAAAGCGUGCCUGUCCAGGCUUUCACCUGCCUGGAAAAUAUCAUUGCCAUGGUUACCCUUUUUUCCAGUGACAAUAUAGUGUUGCUUUGAGUGCUCUUAGAGAAGCCUACUGCACAGUAUCCCCUCAUUCUGCUGAUGAAAGUCUGUGUAUGUACUAUAGGUGGCAAAUGGUGGAAGUGUUUAAUAAAAGCUUGACUUAAAACA